CUAAGCGCGGGAACGAUGAACAAGUAUCUUUGGCACAAGAGUUCGCACCAUGAUCGCGAAAGGGCUCUCCUUGGCUCUCCUCUUAGCAUCUACGUUCGCCCGUCAGCCGGGUUUGCCUUUAGCGCCAGGCUUCGCAUUGGAACCUCCCGAUAAGGAGCUAGUUGACCAGGAGCUGUAUCGGGAAAUCUUGUCUCCCUACGAGCCACAUUAUCUUCAGUACGAUGACAGUCCUAAAGUGUACGUUUCUCGUGGAGAUCUUUUCAGACUUCAACCGGCACGCGAUGAUCUCCUAUCGAAGGAAAUAGCCUUAUUAAAACGUUGGGAGGGAUUAUCCCAGAUCGCUUCAGACUCUAACACACUCGACAACCAAGAGCGGUCAUUGUUGCUUCUCGCUCGUCUCGUUGGCCUCGACUAUCGCACGCCAAAAACAAACCGAAAAAAAUCUAAUAAUGAAGUGCUGAAUAACGUCGGUAGAGACAAACAAAUUAACGAACAAUUUAACGAACAAGUUAACAUAGUGAAAGAGAAAGAUAUCACACUGAAUGAGAAAGAUAAAGAAAUUGCGGAUAAAGACGGAAAUGGAAAAACAGAAGAGGAGAUUGAAUUGGAGUCCUUACAAAAAGAAGACAGGAAAAAACAUUUCGCAUUGACACCACUGGAUGAAGGCUAUUUUGAUUCAGUAGUUAUACCAGGUGAGGUGAGAGCUCAAAUGAGUAAAAAUGAGUUGCUUGAGCCAAGAAAGAUUCGCCAGAAUCCCAACUUGAGUAGAGCCAAGACAUUGGUCGCAGAGAACUUGGAUGAACUACGCCUUGGUUUGGCUAAUAAGGUGUACCGUAUACCUGUCUCCUUACUGCCAACAAACCUGCGAGUCUUGAAAAUUUCACAGCCUAAAGACUAUGAAGAGAGUACCGAUAAGGAUACGGGAAGCACCCUGCGACCUCAGAAUAUCCACGUCAUUGAGUCUUUGACACCUCAACAGUCUCCUUCUAUAUACAGCAACGCAUUGUUGGCAGCUGUCAUCGCCGCCCUGUCGAUGGCAGUUGUCGGUCUGGUUUUUGGAUGGUUUACUAUUAUCUAUCUACCCAGUCUCUCGAAGAAAGCCAAGGCAGCAGCUGACGUGGACUACCCGGCGUAUGGCGUCACAGGACCGACUAUGGAUCAAUCUGGGGACCGUAAAUUAGCCCACUCCGCUCACAUGUAUCACUAUCAGCAUCAGAAACAACAAAUUCUGGCUAUGGAAAGUUGCCUGGGUCGUAAUGGGUCAGUCUCGGACCCAGAUUCUGAAGAAGAAAACGAGGAAGGGGAUUACACCGUGUACGAAUGUCCUGGAUUUGCUACUACCGGCAAUAUGGAAGUUAAAAAUCCUCUGUUCAGCGAUGACCCAACUCCUGCUACACCUGGCAAGUGUGAUGUGGUCCAACCACAGCCUAAGGAAUAAACAUGCUGGCUGGAAAUAAAUAUGAAUUCUUCUAUUCGCAAACCGCUGCCACGUAAUGGUAAACAUUUGAAUUCUAAAUGGCUAUGAUCUGUGCUAUACGAUUAUAUUUUAAGGCAUAACUAUCUAUGUUGCAUGACAAAGUAUCUCUUUCUCAUCGUGUCUACCUUUGAUUACUAUGUACCAUCUAUGUCUACGUUAAAAACGUAAUUCUUGCAUUGCGUUUUUAUAAUUAUAUGUCUACCCUAUAAGAAGAGCUAUAUGUCAAACAUUCCUUUAUAAUCUAUGUUUGGUGUUAGAGAUAAGAAAAGCUUCGUGUACUAAUUAGUGUGACGAAAGAAUUUAUAAAAAAAUAUUUUAAAAUUUACCUUUAGGCUAAGUUAGCUCAAAAUUACAAAAAAAAAUAUAUAAAUUUCUUUCAAUUAUUAUAAUAGCUAUAAAUAUUGAUGUUAAUUUACUAAAGAUUUACCUACUACUCGAGUUCCAGAGUCAAUUAAACUGUCAAGAAGUGUAAUUACUGGUUAGUUGUUAACGUAUUUGUUAAAUUACUUUGUUUUGUAGGGGAAAUGAAUAAUCUAUUUAUUCAACAAGAAUUUCUUUUAUUAUUCACAUGAGAUAAAGAUAAAAAAAAUAUAGACAAAGCUCAUCACCAAAACUUUGAUAGCAUCGCGUUGUGACGACAUCCGAAAAGGAAAUACAAAGAUUGCAUUGUAGAAUUGUUUGUAUAACUACAUAUGUAAAUAUUCUUUUACCAAUUUGAUAGAUAAGGGAUUUCAAGUAAAAGAUCCGAACUCUCAACUAACUUUGUAGAUCCCAACAACUUUUAUAUGUAUAAUAAUCUACAUAUCCAUAGCACAAAUUCUAUCCUUAUUGAGAUGUCAUAUAUUAUAUCAGUGUUAUGAAAAAUCAUAUUUUAUGCAUAUUAUAGUGUUAUCGUAGAAUUUAAGAUAAAUGUACCCUAUCAUAGAUUAUAAGUGAGGAGCUUCACGCCCUCAUGCAAGAUAUAGAUUUGUUUAUUUAGUUUUUUAUAAGUUUUCAACUGAUCUCAACAGUCUUUUUAAAAGGUUGUUAGUUUAAUUAUUUCCAUUCCACGAUAGUCACACAUAUAUCAAAUGCGCACUAUAGACGCAACUUGGACGUGGAACCCCCUCAUCAUCGCAUUAUGACAUUAUUCACCACGUAACCAAACCACCACCAUAUAACCGAAAUAUUUUAACUUUACAUACAUAUUUAUUUUGUGUUAUUAUUAAAAAAUAAUUGUGUAGUAUUUACAAUAUUCUUAAUCUUUAAAUCUUUAUAAUAAUAAUGAAAAUAUAUAAUUAUUAUAAAUUCAAAAUUAUUAAACAGGAAAUUAAAACAAAAGUUUGGUCCCGUGGCAUUGUUAUUUAACGCUGGCAACAUUUCCUCGCUGUAUUCCGAUAGUUAUUCCUCGAGCGAGGAACGCACCAGCUCUGGGGUCAGCGGUACUAUCUACAAGGCCCUAACUUAAAUCUUUAUUUAGUGCAUGUGCUCUUGAAAUUUACGGCCCUCACGGGAACUAAAUCGAAGUUGGAAGAAUGACUCUUAGAUUUGAGCCGUUUCUUUAUUUCCACCUGCUCGGCGGACGCCUCAGCUUUUUUGCUUGUCCGAUGGAAGAGUGACGUCACGUGUCCACAUAAGUAACAUCCCAUUCCAAAACCCGUCUCAUCCUCCAAAGGGUAACGUCAUUUCUUCUGGCCGCUUGCCAUCGCCUCAAAGAUCCCUGUUGACUCCAAAAUUACUGAAACAUUGACGGAGGCAAUAGAGCGCAGUAUGAGCACGGAGUAACGGAAAACGAUCUGCACUCUUUUGGCAAUGGAGGCCAUGGUGUCCAAGGCGGCUUAAUUCAAAGCCACAUACAUGGCAACUAAUGGGGAUUACAUGUCGGCACUCCUAAGCGGAGGCUAAGGGCAAUGCGAAGUGAUUCAGGGGCCAGUGUUUGGUGAAGGAUAAACAUUAAGCCAAAGAUCGUCUUCCCUGGACCCCACUGCCAGCAAUCUUGCGCAGUCUGUUUUCGAAGUGUGUGUGUGAAAAACUUUUGGAAUUUAGAUAUACACUUUUGUUCAAUUUAUUAAUUAUAUUUUUUGAGAAAAGAAGGCUGACCAUAACGAGGGACGCACACCGUUAAGAUCUCCAUCAUUACUUUUUUUAUUGGUCUUUCCGAAAUAUUUUAUAGGCCGAAAGUAAAAAAGUUUUUAAUUUUUGAAUUUAGUAUAUUAGUAUUUAGUAUAAUUGGACUGUACAAUUUACAUGCAAGAAACAAUAAGGAAAAGUCAGUAGAGUUCCCAUGAGUGUGUACUGUUUUCUGUAAUGCGAAGUGUAAUGUAUGAAUCCAACAAAGAACCGAUGGACACCCCGUUUAACAGAUGAAAAUGUUUUUUUUUUUUCGAAAAUAAAGUUUGAAUUUUAGUGAUGCGGAUCUAUCUGUGUUGUUAUUAAUGGAAAGUUAUGAAUGUUUAAAAGUACCUUUGUCUGUUUUAAGCCCCAGAUUGUACUAAAACAUUUUCAACAAAGUGUGGGUCAAGAUAUCCAUACGUACACUCCACGUUUAUGAAAAAUACUAAAUAAAUACACGUGAAAUAGUACAGCAAAAAUAAACAUCUACAAUAAUAAAUAUACAAAGAAACUAUGAAACGCAAAGUAAACAGCAAAAGUGGGAACAUAAGCAGGAGCACAAUCACAAAUUAAAAAGCGAAGAGAAAACAGAGUUCAGGUUUAGAAUGCUGCAAAUCUCGUCUGGCCACAAUUAAUUUGUGUGUUUCUCAGAUUUUGCACACCUCUUUUUUUUUCUAUUUUCCUGUUUUUUGAAAAAGAAUAUUUUAUUUGUUUAUUUCCACGCAUUACAUUUCAAUAUUUGCUAUAUAAAAUGUUCAUUUUUUAACUGUAACAUUUUGGCUAACUAUCGAAGAAGCAUGUUCUUUUUAAAGUAAUAUCUUCAUGUUUAUUUCCACGCAUUACAUUUCAUUAUUUUCUAUAUAAAAUGUUCAUUUUUUAACUGUAACAUUUUGGCUAACUAUUGAAGAAGCAUGUUCUAUUUAGGUUGAAAAUAUCAUUUCGAUAUUGAUUGCGCCGCCUCGCAAAAUUCAUUACC